AGAGACUAGAGAGAGAAGCAAAGAAAGGCAGGGUUUUAGAAAAACACAGAGUUUGCUUUCCUUCUUCUUCACUCUCUCUCUCUCUCUCUCUCUGUGUAUUGUUCUGUAUAUCCAUAUUGAAUGGAGUUGUAGGAGUACAAGAAAAAAAAAAAGUGUGAAAAAAAAAAAUGAAUACAGUAAUUAGCCGAGCAUUUGCCAAAAUCGCCUCUCCAUCUCCAACCCUUUCCACACAAAAAUGGCAGCAUUACGCCUCUCUCUUCCUUCAAUCUUACACUUACGCCACCACCGCUUCCACCUCUAAAACCCCUAGGCAAUAUCAACGCCGCGGAGCAGCAGCAGAGAGUUCGAGUUCAAAAUCAAAAUCAAAAUCGACGGCGGAGGUUGAGGCCGAGGCCGAGCCUGCAGCGGCGACGAGUUCGGAAUGGGCAAGGCCGAGCGAGAUUCCAUUCCAGGCGAAGCUAGCGAAUUCGGUGAACGUGAUUGGUUAUGUCCACGUUCCGGUUCAGUUCGAAUCGUCUUCUGAUGGCAAGUGCUGGGCUGGCACUGUGCUUACUCAAACUCACCAAAUUUCCUCUCCUCCUCCUUCUCCUGACUCUCCUCCUCUUUGGAUUCCGAUAAUUUUUGAGGGCGAUUUGGCUCAUAUUGCUGCUUGCCAUUUAAAAGAAAAAAAUUUUGUUCAUGUAACUGGACGACUGAGUGCAGAUCCCCCUCAUUUGAAUGCAAAUCAGGGUCAAGCCAAUAUACAGGUUAUGGUGCAUAGCCUCAACUUUGUCCAACCGUCUUUUCAAAUGAAGAACAGCUCGACAUCUCCUGAACAAAAAUGGUCCUUAAAACGUUUAGCAAGUGUGAAAAAUGAGGAUGAUAUUAGCCAAUCAUGGAAGUUAGUUUCCCAGUCCAAUCUGCGUGACAUCAGGUUGAAAGAGGAUAAUCCAAAAGUUGCAGCAUAUGAACAGAAGGAAGAUGACCUAGUACUCGGUAUUGAUGAUUCAACUCCCAUAUUGGUCAAAAAGAAGCUUGACUCGAUAGAACUCGCUGAUGUGAAGAGAAGCGAGGACUCUAAAAUUAAUUCUUGGAGAGAGCUUCUUGAUGAUCCGAAACAAUGGUGGGAUAACCGUGAUAAUAAGCGCAGUGGAUCGGUGAAUCCAAAGAGUCCUGAUUUCAAACAUAAGGUUGGUGGUCAUGCACUCUGGCUUACUGAUGCACCAAGUUGGGUUUUGUCAGAACUUGGAGUGGAAGUUGAUGUGAAAACUCAAAAAUCAAAACAAGUGAAGCAGCAUAGAGGUGAGGAAUCAUGGAAGGACUUGGUGCAAAAUCCAACUAAAUGGUGGGACAAUAGAUUGAACAAGAGGAAUCAAAGAGCUCCUGACUUUAAGCACAAGGAUACUGGUGAGGGUUUGUGGCUCAAUGGUUCUCCUGAUUGGGUGCUUCCAAAGUUGCCGCCUCUCAAAGGAAACAAGGUAUGACAAUUGGCUAGAGGGAUACAGUGCUGUCUAGAGUCCUGGCCAGAAUGGGAGUUAUGAGGUGAUCAGGUCUUAUACUAAUUUCUCAGAUGAAUAUCUGACUUUUUGUGCUGGCUGUCUUGAUUGGUUGAAGUUUACCAAGACAAAUACAUCAAGAAGUCGAAGAAAAUACUUGCUUUUGUCUUUUCAUUCAACUCAUGAUCGUUGCUUUGAGGUGUACAUCUCCAUUCCAGUUGAUCAUCUUAGUUGCAUUCUUUGAAGUUUGAAACCAGAGUUAGUGUGACAAGAAAGCAUGUUUACCUUGUCGAACUAUGACAGUGACAGUUUACUAUUUUGCCUGUUUAGGAAUAUUCUCAGUUCAACAA